CCCAAGCGCCUGUCCGAAUGCAGCGGCUUCUCUUCGUUUCCUAGACCAGAAGAAAGCCGGGACGUGACGGAGCCGGGGGGGUUCUGCUUGCUGGAGGCCCAAUAAAUACAGCUUCUUCACUGCGUCUUCGUCGCUCAAGAGACCUCUGUGAUCUAACUUGACCCUUCGUCUUUUUCCGUCCUAGAACUAAUUUCACAAACAUGUCCUGGCAAAGCUACGUGGACAACCUGAUGGCUGAUGGCAGCUGCCAGGACACGGCCAUUGUUGGGUACACGGACGCCAAAUACGUCUGGGCAUCUUCUGUCGGCGGUACAUUUGCCAACAUAACGCCUGAAGAAAUUGACGUCCUAACAGGGAAGGACCGUGAGGCAUUCUUCUGCGGUGGGAUGACCUUAGGCAAUAAGAAGUGCUCCGUAAUCAGAGACAGCCUCCCUGUUGACGGCGACUGGACAAUGGACAUCCGGACAAAGAGUUCAGGAGGAGAGCCAACAUACAACAUUUCUGUAGGCAGAGCCGGCAAAGCAUUGGUUUUUGUCAUGGGGAAGGAAGGUGUCCAUGGAGGGCAGCUCAACAAGAAAGCAUUUCAUAUGGCUGAGUACCUGAGGAAGUCCGGAUACUAAAGCAGCCUACACCCCGCCACCUAGCAGCUCACCCUUACCACCCUGUUGCAUUUCACACUUCUUCCAGUCCUAGUUGGUAGUUACUUUUGUUUUUCUGCCUUCUCUCCUCCUUAUUUGUUAUCCCCCUCCCCUCCCCAUUAACACACUUGUGCUGUGUACUCUUAUCCCUUAAGCACUAUAAGUUGAUCCAUAGCAAAGAUGAGCAUGUUGCUAACAGGAUGUCUUGACAAAUCUGUACUUAACCAAGACCAGCAAAAGAAAAAACCUGGCCAAACACUCGGACAAUGAAAGCUAAAGCGUCAAUUUGAAGUAAACCUUUCCUUUUGAUUUCUCUGUCAUGAUUCUUAAUCCCUCCCUCCCGACAAUACACACUCCCUCCUGAGCAGCCGAUGCCUUUUAGAGCACUUGAGCGGUAACCCAGCUCGUCACGACUUCUGGUUUAAUUUCCUCCAUGUCCGGAGGGGAGACUGCAUGCAUACGCCGGUCAACUGUCGCUUCUCUCCGCCCCCCCCGCGCACCCCCUCCUGCCAAAAAUGUUGAGUUCCUCCCCCUCUCCGUUUCCACAUCCUGUUCUCAAAGCAGGCGACACUACAAACCUCACAGAACUCUCAUCUUGAUCUAACACUACACAGCAACCAACCAGUCCUCCGACCCCGCUGUCUCCAGAUCCACUGCUCUGUCCUGAACACAUUUUAUAAAAGGGGGGGGAAAGCGUGUAUGGGGGGGGGGUGCUCGGACCGGCUCAGCUGACGACCAUGAGCCGGAUUUGAGAGCGUUUGUCGUCCAGAUGCCGGUAGCCUCUCCUCCCGUCAUCACAACACAAAAACCCCAAGGACAUUCCACAGUAACAAUGGCUCAGGCACUUAAUACUGUUUUUGUUUGCCAGCUCCUGUAAUAUAUUUUCUUUUGUUUAUCUUUGGAAAGGCUGCCAUUUUUGGACAGUAGUUAUCCCAGCAUACAACCACCUGGAAGGUGUCCAGUUUGAAUUUAUUUUUAUUUUUAUAGGACCAAGUGUAGUCGAAGCUCGGGUGUUUAUACAAUUGCUCCAAACCAUGUGAAGGAUGACUGCUAACUCUUUUUGAUGAAGGAAACACUAACCAGACAAUAAUGCUUACUAUGGUUAAAAAACAUCUGAAGCUACAGGGCAGGUAAGGGUGGGAGUAUCUGAAGAAAAUUCUCACUACAUUGUUUUUUUUCUUUUUUUGUUUAGAAAACAAACGACUGCAUUUGUACAAACCCAUGCUGUGUUGACAACUACAAAACUGUGGAAUAAAUUGCCUUUACUCUGUAGUCAGCUGAGUUCUGGGGUAUCACACGGUCUGUCCGCGCUCACUUCUGCUAACUGUAACGUCCAACUGAUAUAAAAAUAAAAUAAAAAAACCUUUUAAAAGUAGAAGUGACACUCAACGGGAGAUGGGAUUGGUUGGAACGAAGACGCUUCUGGUUGUCUUGUUGAAACUGAAGUGCAGAACCUGUGUAUCCUGUGCCAUAAUAUAGAGAUCUGUUGCUGUUGUAAGAUGGAUUUUACCCACUGUCCACUAAAAAGUCAUUUCAUUGGCACUUUUUCUAUUAUUUGCUUCCGCUCCACUGUUUAGGCCUUGUGAGAUAUGUGUACUCAAAAACAACUGUUUCAAGUCCUGUUUGCUGAUUUAUGUUCAUUUCCUUUCUCCUCAACACUUUUUUUUUCUUCUUACAUCUGGGAUAGUAUCUUAUAAUGCAUCUGAUUUCAUAUGCAUAAAACCAAGAAAUGCCAUAAAUUGAUUUAUCACUUUGUUUACAGACAGAUCAAAUAAAUUUAUUCCAACCAGA